GACGUUUAAAAUGACGUUAAAAGAUUAUGAAAAUGUUUUAUAUGAAAAAAGAUGAUAAUAACUCCUAAUUGCACUUUCAGGAUAUCAAUAUUAUUAGUUUUUCUAAAUCUUGUGUGUAUUUGCAAUGCGGACAAAUUCAAAAUAAUUAAUCUAAACCCGUUAAAAGCUGAGAUAAAAGAAAAUCUUUAUCCGAUUCCACCAAUGCCAUCAAAUACCGACAGUAUUUUUGGAUUUAAGUUUUGGACAGAGUUUAAUAAAGCUUUUGGAAUUACGAAUAAAUUUAGACUGAAAAAUAACCAAACCAGGCAAAAUUUAAUAGAGCCGAGUUUAGAUAAAAUGUAUUUGGGUUGGAGGAAUUUAAAACAGAAAUUAAACCAUUUAAAAGGUGAUGUAAGGGAUUCAGCAACUGAUGUCAUCAAUAAACUAAAACCAAAGAAGGUAUUCAACAACGCAGAUGAAAUGAAAUCAAAAAAGAAACCACCUGAAUGUUCUUAGUCUUAUUUCCGUGAUAAAAUAAAAUAUUUUAAUGAAAAAAUAAC